AUGGACUUUCAAAAUCAGACCACAGUCACGGAAUUUGUCCUGACCGCCUUCCCUGUUCUCCAGAAGCUUCAAAGUUUCCUAUUUGUGGUGCUGCUAUUUACUUACAUGCUUACUCUGUCAGGAAAUACUGUGAUCAUUUCCCUCAUAUGGACGGACAAUCGUUUCCAAACCCCGAUGUACUUCUUCCUCAGUAAUCUGUCAGUUUUGGACAUAUUAUAUACCACUUCCGUGACUCCAAAGCUGUUAGCCUGUCUCCUAGAAGAGAGGAAGACCAUAUCCUUAGCUGGCUGCAUCACCCAAACCUACUUCUUUUUCUUCCUGGGAACAGUGGAGUUCAUCCUCUUGGCUGUCAUGUCCUUCGAUCGCUAUGUGGCCAUCUGUAACCCCCUGCGCUACAGCAGCAUCAUGAACGGUAGAGUCUGCCUCCAGCUGGUCCUGGGCUGCUGGGUGGGUGCCUUCCUGUCAGUGCUGUGCCCAACUAUUGUGGUGUCCAGAUUACCUUUCUGCUACAAAGAAAUCAGUCACUUCUUUUGUGAUAUCGCUCCUCUGCUGCAGGUGGCCUGUAUUGAUACUCAUUUCCUUGAGAUGAUAAACUUCCUUUUAUCUUCCCUUAUCCUCCUGACCUCUCUAGUGUUCACCAUUGUGUCUUACACCUACAUUAUCUCGACCAUAUUGCGCAUCCCCUCAGCCCAAGGACGUCAAAAGGCUUUUUCUACCUGUGCUUCGCACAUCACUGUGGUUUCCAUUUCCUAUGGAAGCAAUAUCUUCAUGUAUGUGAGGCCCACUCAGAGCCAUUCGCUAAACUUUGACAAGGUAGCUGCUGUCCUUACCACAAUGGUGACCCCUCUUCUGAAUCCUUUCAUUUAUAGCUUGAGGAAUGAAAAGGUAAAAGAAGUAUUGAGAGAAGCAAUGAGUAGAAUUAUGACCUUAUUGCCCAAGAGAACUUGA